AGUACAAGAUGGAGCAAGCCAACCCACGCUUAUCCCGAAAUUCUUCCGUCGAUACGAACCGCCCGAAAUUCUUCCGUCGAUACGAACGCCAUAGAGCUAUCAAGCCGUCCGCGGAAAUCAACUGACGAACACCAACACUCUCUCACCGUCGCGUUUUGAGGCUUCGUAGGUUAAUGCCAUGGAUUUGCCUCCCAUCUUCAAUGCUCGUGUUCAUCAGUUUUCAAUCGUCGUCAUCGCAGUUCAAGAUUAGGAAGCUCACCAAUUCAAUUCCCCCUAUUAUCGUACUUGCGCAAAUAGAAGUAAAUAGUGUCGCCGGAUUGACGUUCCGAUUGCGUGCGGGAUUUUGGUUCAUGGCUUUGCGGUUUGGAUUGCCAUUGGGUUCUUUGCGUUUGGAGUUGCUGUAAAACGGUUUUGGGGCUUUGCGGUUUGGAUACGUUUCGUUGCCAUUGCCAUUGGGUUCUUUGCGUUUGGAGUUGCUGUAAAACGGUUUUGGAGUAAUGGAGCCUGUAUUCGACCAGUUCAAAGCUUUUGCUAAAUCCGGUCAUGAUUUUUUCGACGGUGUUUUCCGUCGCCGUAAUCCGUUUGAAAUCCUUAAACGUUUACAAAGAGAGGCUUUUUCAGAUCUUAUGAAACUGAGAGACAGACAAGAAAAGGUUGAGAGGAUGCUUUCGUUUUAUAAAUCAUCAAAAGGAGGUCCUUUUCAGGAAGCCAGUACCCAUGUAAGAGGACAAAUGGAUUUCACAGGAGCUUUAUUAAUCAUGGGUGACUUUAAUCAGCAGAACUUAGAUAUCAUAAACAGGGCUGGAAUAAAAACAGGCAUUGAUUCAAGGUUUGUUUUUGAAACCACCAUUGGUAAAGACAAUGCUCUUGCUGCGGAGUUUGUGGCCAUUCGGAAAGGAAAGGAACAUCACAAUGAUGUCUUUGAAAUGCCACUUUCUCUAGCAAAACUAAGCUAUACAACAAAUGUCAAUGAUUGGUUAUCGCUUACGGCUGUACCAGUGGGAGCCCAAUGCAGAGAUGUUGCAGUUGGUUCAAGUUCUUUUGAUCAGUCAGGAAAAGGUCUCACAGAUCUCUCUUCUUUUGGACCGCCUCUUCUGAAUCUACGCAAUGGUAGUGCCAUUGGCAUAGCUGCAAGAAAGUCAUGUUUUAUAGCUUCAUUGGCUCAAUUUGUAUCUGGACUGGGAAUACCUUUUGAUUCUAAUACAAUGGAUAAUAGUUACAGCACAUUCGUACAACUCGCGUGUCAAUUUCCUAGAGGAACAAAGCUGUCUGUUCUUGGUAAUCACCAACUUCCUUUUGUAUCAAAGCAGCUUAGAAAAGUCGGAGCUUUUACAAUUCCAUUAGUCUUGUCCAACCAACAUGAAGCGUCCGAGACAGAACCUGAAGCAUCACCAUACAUAGGAACAAGAGCACAAGUCUCAGGUGGUUCUACUGCUAUAAUGCUAGAAUCUGAACUUGAUGGCUUUACAAAACUGGGAGGUUGGGUUGAGAUGAACGCACUAAAUCCCAAAUCUGUACAAUGGGCAGUAACACUAUCAGAUGUUUAUGAAGAUUCAUUUGGCUGGGGAAUGAGUCUUGGCGGAAUAGGUGCCGAUCAUUUUCAGGCUGAAUCCUAUCUGAAAUUCAACAUGGGUGAUAAAUUUUGCUUGAAGCCGGGUCUUGCAUUCGCAACCGAUGGAAAUUCCAGAAUAGGUGCUUUAAUGCUUCGGUCUAAUUGGUCCUUAUGAUGAUUUUCUUCUGUUGAUUACUACUAUUAGCUUGUUUGGUUUUUCCUUGGGAAAACCUCAAACCAUAGUUUUGGGAUUCUGAUGAAAAAUCUAAACAUGCAUUAAUACUAUGAUCUUUUCUGUUU